AUGUCCGUUGCAAGACGCACUACUUUGAAUUUGACUGGGCUCCUAACACUUUCCAGGAAACUCCUUGCCAAGCAGAUUGUGGACGCUGAAAGUCGAGAUUCUUUUGAUAGCCUGACAGAGGUCGCAUUUCAUUGGCGGCGUGAGUUGCUGCCACAUGGCUGCCCUUGUGCGCUGGUUGUCGCUUGCGCGUGGCGGCAUGCCGCAUAUGCGCACAGUCUUGAGAACGGCUUGACGCAAGACGCUUUCCUUACGACUUUUCACAACAUGGGCAAGCAAGAACACAUUCUGGCAGAAGCUUUGCAGACUUGUCCAUGGGAGGAGGCCAGACAAUGGCCAGUGGAACAGGCCAUGCACAUGUACCAAACCAUCAUGGGGCUACUGAACAUGCGUGUGAAAGAAGUGGUGGAGUGGGCUGAAGGUUGGGGCAAAGAAGAAAUCACUGACGAGCAGCAUUCGGCUGCAUUAGCGGAUGCCUCGGCCGUGUUUGGGUCACUGGGUCUCGAGUGGUGGCCUUCCCGUGGGACACUGAUUGCCCUGCUGCGUCAUGGGAAGCGCAGCGGGUUGCUGUCAAACGGCAGGGUGGACGUAGUGGAUCAUGACGUUGAUGUGAUGGUCGGAUUGGCAUCUCAUCGUGACUGGCCGAACUUUCACAGCUCCGUUCAGCAGAUGCUUGUGCAACGGGGUUGGCACAAUUGCGUGGAGUGGUAUUCGACCAGCGCAACACAGCGUUCCUCAGGUUCUCUGGCACAUGGGCUGUCCCGAACAGACCUGCUCAUGUGCACAAGGAAGAAUCCCAAAGUUUCUCUCGACAUCGCAACAUACAUCACCGAAGGUUCCGUUGCCUAUGCCCAGAAAUAUUGUGUUGCCGGCCACGGCAUUUCUGGAUGCUGGUAUCCCCAUGAGGGGACUCUGUACCAAGGCUUGGGAAAGUUGCGGACAUCUGCAAUCAGGCCACUUGGCCGCUGUAAAGCCGGCUCCAUCUCGGUUCCCUGCCCCAGGAAGCCGAUGGAGAUCCUGAAAGCGGUGCUGCCUGUGGACAGCAAUGCGAGCUGCCUAGCUCUGCCGGAUAUCGAGAAGCGGAGGCAACGCCAAACACGAGGCCGAGAAGGGCAACUUUUUCGAGAACUCACCCAGGAGGAC